AUUAAAAAAAAACAAGAACCCACAAGUGAGAAAGAGAGUGCGGUUGGUGCUGAACCAAGCCAAAGUGAGAUUGAUGAUAGUGUCAAAGCUGAGGACAUGCAAAUGAUAAAGACCUCACGAAAGCAGGUGAAAAAGGUUGGUAGUCAAAACAUACCAUCGAAAAUACUGCGAUACUUUUUAGGUCGGUACACGUGGUACUUGAAUAGAUUCCACCAAUCUUUAGAGAAUGAGAUGCCGGACACCUUCAAUAUGUUUCGCAUAUUUUCAGUUGGACUGAAGCAAUUCCUCAUCGAUUUCAAGGAUUUUUUGAUGGUCCUGGUGUAUCUAAGUGUUCCUGGCAGCACGCUAAGAAAUUGCACCCGUCGGGAGUUGGAGCUGUAUUACAACAUGCCAAGAGACAUGAUCAAAGUCUUUCCUAUACUUGCCUUAUCAUCUUUACCCCUAGGCCAGAAUCUUGCCUUCCCCAUAGGGUAUUGGUUUCCACGCCACUUGCUGUGUCAUCAUUUUUGGGACAUUAAGCAGUGUCAUGAGUUUGCCCUCAUGGACAUGAAGAAGAGGUUGUUCAAUUAUCGGCCUGUGUUCAGGUCCCUACAAGCUGCGCUGAAUACCAUAGAGGACAAGAGCAUGCGUGAGAAGUGUAGGGCUGCCUUUUACAAACUUGGCUCAGGUAUUCAUCCCACAGUUAAGGAGAUUGUUGAACUGUUGCCUCUGUUCCAGGGAGCACCUUUCCACAUCAAGAAAAUGUAUUCAGUUCAUUUGAGAGGGUUGCUGCGACUCCAUGGUAGGUCUGUUUACUUUCUUAAACGGAAAAGGCUAGAGGACUAUGCCAGGCAGCUGCAUUACCUCGAUUCCGCCAUUUCUAGGGAAGGGAUUGACUCGCUUACGCACGAGCAGUUGAAGCAU